AUGCCGCCGCCCUCGCUACGACACCAGUUGCGCCCACAUCUCUGGGAGGAUGGACAGAUCGGCCACGAUGGAGCGGCUCGUGCGCGCGAAGGCUUCGGAGCCGCCGCCGCGGGAGGCAUCGGCCGCCGCCGCCGCCGCGGCGCGGCUGCAGGCCACGCGGCGAUGGCUCGACGACGUGGUCAUUGGGGAGCGGCUGUGCCCCUUCGCGGCGCCGGUCCGCCUGGAGCCGCGGCUCCGGCUGCGGGCGAGCGAGGCGGGCACUGCCGAUGCGGCGGUGCAGGAGGUGGCCGAGGAGGCCGAGCGGCUCGCGGCCGGGCUGCGCGACCCCCCGCCGGGGCCGCCAGGAGCGUGGCCCGAGACCACGCUGCUGGUGAUGUGCGCGGAGACGCAGCCUUUCGUUUCUGGCUGGCUGGACCUGGUGCGGCUCUCGUGGAGGCUCCAGGCAGAGGCCGUCGACGCCAGGGGCCUGGCGGGGAGCUUGCAGCUCGUCCUCUUCCCCCCGGGCCGGCCCAGGGCGAGCAGGAGGCGUUCGGGGGCGGCGCCGCGUGGCCGCUGCCCCCUCCGUGGCCGGCCGGGGGGCCCCUCCACCCGCUGGCCGUGCACAGCGCCUACGGCGAGGGGCCGUCGGACGCCGCAGACUACAGCAUCCGGGCCCCGCACCCCACGGUGCACCUGCUGCGCGAGGCCGACGUCAUGCGGGCGGUGCAGUCGCACCCGGACGCCUCCCAGAUCCCCGCGCGGAACAAGGCGCGGCUCAGGGCGCAGGGCAUCGGCGAGUGCGCCGCCCGCCUGGCGGCGUGCGCCGACGCCGCGGGGCGAGGCGGGUGA